AUGGUACAUUCACCAUUCUCUACAGAAUUCUAUAAUUCUUACCCGGUGGCUCAUUCUCACCACGCUAUUUCUUCGGUACAUCAUCUCGAUAAUAUGUCAAAGUCUCCAUACAAUGGUAGCGAUAAUUUUUCCAAGAAAAGAAAGCAAGAUUUUCAAUAUCCAAUAACCGCAGUACAAGAAUGUUAUUUACCUCCCAAUCAGCAAAAAUCACAAUUGAUAUAUUCACAACAAUCACAGCAACUUAAUGUAGCAUACCAACAAUAUACCCCUACCGCUACUAUGUUGAAUCCGGCUACUUGGAGUGAAUAUGUUCGUUCAAGUCCUUCGACACCAACAAAUUCUCCUUCACGUUCCGACAUACAACAUAAUAGUGGAUCUCAAAAUGGUGCUUAUAACAUGGAUUAUCUUAUUUCUGAUAAUUUAUCUGGAAACAUGACAUUGUCAACUUCUGAUAACAAUUUUGGAUUGGAGAAUUUUUAUGAAACCUCGAUUCCAGUUAAUACAACAUCAGAAUUUUCAAACAGCUAUGGAUACGGUGAUAUCACAAACGCGUCCAUUGCUGCUUCUGUCGGUAACUCUCCAAUAUCUAGUCCUGAUGCGUGUGGUGAUUCAUUAUGUCAUCGUAAUCAGGCCAAUGAUGUUAAUGCAACAGAAAGCCACAUUGAAUCAAGAAAAAACUCUGUUAAUGAUUUGUCGUAUGAGAAUCUUCAACCCUUGGAUGAGCUAGCCGCAGCAGCAGCAAUGAUCUCCUGUGGUCGUGAUAACAAGACGUACACACCAAUAGUAGUUGAUUCAAUAAGUUCUACGAAUGUUAGAAAUAACCGUAAACCCCAUUUAAUGCCCUUGAAUAUUACAACUAAUCCGUCAGAUAUGUAUCGCCUUGGUGACAUGUCGACUGAAUUUGGAUUUGAUUCUCUUGCGAGUUCUCCGUCUCCCGCUGUCACUAUGCCUCCUACACCAGUUUUUUUUGAACCAGGCUUCCUUGAUGGCGUUACUAAUCCGACGAUUUCUGAUAAUUUUACUUUCAACUUAAAUCCUGAAUUAGCAACAGAUCAAUUGCUUGAAAGCGCUACUACAAUCUCACGAUCUCAUAGUUAUGAUAAUAUGUCAUCGCCUCAGCACGGUUCCGUUUUUACAUCUGAAAAGAUAAUCGACAACCCGCAAACAAUUACUCCAGCUGCUAUUACCAUUACUCAACCGAACUUUGCACCGAUGAUUACACAAACUCCGAGCAAUCUUGAUUUGGAAACUGAUUAUUUCAGUGUUAAACAACUUUGUCAACAACGUCCUGUUGCUAGAAGUCGUAGAAAUAGUUCAGUUAGUAAUCCACCAAAUAUUAAGGCUGAACCACGUACACCUGCCCUUUCACCACCUGAAUCUCCUGGCACUUCAAUGUCAUCUAUUAGUUCCUCACCACCAUCGCCGUCUCCUCCGCACACACCAACUUACAUGCGUAGAGUGUCUAUUUCCCCUACCAUCAUGGAAGAAGAAGAAGAUAUGAUGACUUCAUCUGCAAACACCAAUAAUCUUGCGCUUGUUGUUUCUAAUUAUGGUACAGAUAUGUCUUCAAAUGUCAAUCAGAGGCUUUCUCAGAACGCUACGGUUAAUCAUAUGAGGCCAGUUAUUCAACAAUACUUGAAUUCUACUAAUCCAGCUGCGAUGGGCGAAAAAACAGUAAUGGUCUUGACCUCAAAAGUUGCACAAAAAUCUUACGGUACAGAAAAAAGAUUCUUGUGCCCCCCACCUACAACAUUGAUUUUGGGAUCAAACUGGUGGUCUCCGCACAAUAUUGGACAUUCACAAUCAUCCAUGACAUAUAGCCCGCCAAAAAUCUCUGUGGGUAUUUCUGGUGAACAAGGACAUCAACAAGGAAUUCUUGAAUGCAUUAGUUCAUCCGGAAAUCCUCUUGAUCCUAAUGCGUGUUCAGAAAUGGCUUUCAGCGGAAAAUGUGUUUCUAAACAUUUAUAUAUUAAUGACGCUGAUGAAAAACGGAAAAGAGUAGAAGUUCUUGUGAAUAUUCAAAGCUCUAUGGGUCAUGAUUUCGGAACUUUUGCGAUGUGCAUUCAUCACGGGACUACAAUUUCACUUUUUAAUCGUAUUCGUUCUCAAACAGUAUCCACCAAGUAUCUUGGUGUUUCAAUGCAAAAUAACAAUCAAACGUUUGGUCCUUGGAAUUACAAUAAUGGUCAUAUGCAAUCAAGUCAAAAUGAACAACCCCACCCUUGCUUCGUUGCUCGUACUGGAAGUUGGGAUCCAUUCAUAAUUUGGAUAGUUGAUCCUCGUUAUGUAAAGGGUAAAGAUGAUCAUCCUCCUCAGCAGUCAACUAACGCAAAUUUCCCCCGCCCACCACCUGCUGCCAUUAAAUCAAAUAAUGGGAAUCCCAUCCCAAUUCAUUACAACCAACCUAUAGUCUUGCAAUGCUUAACAACUGGAAUGACAAGCCCAACUAUGAUUAUUCGUAAAGUGGACAAAGGUAGCAUGGUUAUUGGAGGUGGUAUUCUUGAUUCUAAUGGGCAUGGUGAAGCUGAAGAAGCUUUAGGUGAUCCGGUUUCACAACUUCACAAAGUUGCGUUUCAAAUUAAGGAUUCCAGUUUAUCUUCACCUUCAACCUCUCCGACAUUUCAAUCCCCAAAUAAUCAACAUCUCCCGGGACCUGGUACAUAUCUCGCUUGUCUAGGCGAUGUUGUAGGAAUGCAACGUGCGAAUGAAGGCCGAAAAAUAAUAACUCAACCAUCGACUGUACCAAUUAAUACCAAUUUCUUGGACAUGAAGACCAAUUCUCCAAUUUCUUCGCCUACCGACAUCUCAUCUGCAGUUGCAGCUUGGGCAUCUCCUACUACAAAUUUUUCCAUGGAUUCAACUACAUUACCUGAAUCUGCUGUGGUUACUGCUGAAGGUGGAAAAGUUAUUCGCAAGCGGCGUGUUUCCUCAUCAGUGGUGGUUAGGCCUACUACAACACUAUCCAAAGCUGCAUUGACAAAGAACAGAAGAAGGGUAAAUAGUUUAAGUGGUGUAGCAAGUGAAGUUGAUCUUGCGAAAUUCGCCAGCGUCAGAAAUUCUGUUGGUCAUCGGCACCAUGAUAAUGCUGGUGCAUUAUGGACCGAAGAUGUAACCGAUGCUGCUGUAUGGACGAUUGUUGGAACUGAUUGUGCAUCGUAUACGUUUUAUUCUCCACAAAACUUAAUUUCUGGAUCAAUGAGCCCAUCUCAUCAUCUUUCAUCAUUAUCGCUGCCCAUGCCAGUAACUCCAUUACCAAGCAUUUCAAACAUUAUUAGCACUACAUCAUCAUCCUGUUCAAUUCCUACAUCACAACUUCAGCACUCAACAACCCCAAACACUAUAACUAUAUAUGGUGAUAACUUUACUCGAGAUCUGAUGGUAUGGUUUGGGGAUAUUCCAAGCCCGAAAACAGAGUUUAGAUCUAAAGACUGUCUGGUGUGCUGGUUACCAGAAGAGUUGAUGUAUGAAAUAGAACAUAAUAAUAAUAUUAAACGGGACAUUUCUGGUCUUCAGGGCCGUCAUCUUCAUUGGAUUCCUAACGGAAGGAUUAGCAUGAGUGGUAGACCAAUUUUGUUAAGUCGUAACGAUGGUGUAGUGUUUAAAACAGGAAAAGUGUGGCCUUAA